AUGGGCUUCCUCAAGUCGAAGCCGCCCAAGAAGGCGGCUGCACAGGCCGUCGGGCCUGACUUGCUUGCAGUCCUGCCCGAGAAUCCUGCGCCGUGGUACCGCACCAAGCAUCUGCUUCUGCUCAACCUGACUCUUCUGAUCCCCAUGUUGUCGUCGGCCUCGGUUGGCUUCGACGGGGCCAUGAUGAACGGCCUGCAGACGCUCACGCAGUGGCGCGGCUACUUCGGCAACCCGAGCGCGCCCGUCCUCGGCACGAUGAACGCCGUCUACCCCAUCGGCAAGAUCAUGGGCCUCGUGCCGACGACGUACCUGGCCGACCGCUACGGCCGCAAGGUGCCCAUGUGGGUGGGCUUCGCCCUGCUGCUCGUCGGCGCCGCUCUCCAGGGCGCGAGCACCAGCCUGCCCAUGUUCGUCGUCUCGCGCUGGCUGCUCGGCGCCGCCACCGCCUUCAUCGCCCAGCCGGCGCCGAUCCUGGUCACGGAGCUGGCCUACCCGACGAUGCGCGGCAAGAUCAGCGCGCUCUACAACACCUUUUUCUUUCUUGGGGCCAUCCUUGCCGCCUGGUCCACGUACGCAACCUUCCGGCUGCCCUCAACCUGGAGCUGGCGGAUCCCGUCCAUCCUGCAGGGCGCCCUCCCGGCGAUCCAGUUCGCCUUCUUCUACUUGGUGCCCGAGUCCCCCCGGUGGCUCGUCGCCCACGGCAAGACCGAGCAGGCCCGGGCCGUCUUCGUGCGCUACCACGCCGGCGGCGACGCCUCCUCGGCGCUCGUCGACUACGAGAUCGCCGAGAUCGAGGAGAACCUCCGCCUCGAGACCGAGGCCGUCCGGUCCUCGUCGUACGCCGACCUCGUCCGCACGGCGCCGAACCGCCGCCGCACCCUCAUCGCCGUGCUCGUCGGCCUCGGCGCCCAGUGGGUCGGCAACGGCGUCAUCUCGUACUACCUCGUGCUCGUGCUCAACACGGUCGGCAUCACCGAGACCAAGGACCAGGCCCUCAUCAACGGCCUGCUGCAGGUCUUCAACUGGGUCGCCGCCGUCUUCGCCGGCGCCAUGAUGGUCGACCGCGUCGGCCGCCGCAAGCUGUUCCUCACGUCGACCGCCGGCAUGCUCGCGUGCUACAUCGUCUGGACCGCCCUGACGAGCGUCUUCACCCGCACCAAGGACGAGAGGGCCGGCUACGCCGUCGUCGCCUUCAUCUUCAUCUACUACUUCUUCUACGACAUCGCCUGGUCGCCCCUGCUCAUGUCCUACCCGGUCGAGAUCUUCCCCUACACCCUGCGCGGGAGGGGCCUGUCCGUGUCCCUGGGGUCGACCUUCGUCGGCCUCAUUAUCGGGCAGUUCGUCAACCCGAUCGGCAUGGCCAGCCUGGGGUGGAAGUACUACAUCGUCUUCUGCGUCAUCCUGACCGUCCUGCUGUUUCUCAUCUGGCUCCUCUUCCCCGAGACCAAGGGCCGGACGCUGGAGCAGAUCGCCGAGGUCUUUGACGGCAAGAACCACGCCCUCGGCGCCGGCAUCGCAAAGGAGAAGGCCGACGACGAGUUUGUCGAGGUGGAAGACGCCGCGGACAGGAAGGUUUAG